GAUACGUUAACAUUAAUGCAGAAUAUCCAUUUACGGUUACAAUAACACAAACUGAACAAAAAAUUCCGGACUUAGAUAGUUUGUUAGAUGACAAAAAUAAACGACAACCAUCUCCUGGACCUAUGACACGAUUAAGAAAGAACUUGGGAGUAGGUGCUUCGACUUCAUCAACACCAACAUUACCUCCUCAACAUAAUUAUGGAUUAGAUAAGCAUACUCCAUCACAAUUGUUAAAUGAUAUGCUUUCUUCUCAAAGUUCAUUGUUAGGUUUUGGAACAGAUGAAGAAGGCAAUGUUAGUAACUUAAAUAAUCUGGAUUAUACGAAAAGAAGAGAAUUGAGUGAUGACGAGACAAGUGAUGACGGAGCUAAGGAAAUCUAUGAUAGUGAUGAGAUUAGUAGUAUUGGAUCGGGUGAUAAUAUGAUCAGUGAUGAAUCUUCAUAUCUAGGUAGUUCUUUUCAGUCCUCUGAUUCUGAAGAAAUGUCGCAGGAAAUAGACGAAGAUGAUAAAAAAUAUAAGAAAGCUUCUCGUGAUAGAGGAAGAAACAGAAAAUAUGAGCAAAGUAGGGAGGUGAUGAUGCAAGAUAAAGAGGUGAAAGAGGUGAAAGAAGUGAAAAAAAAGACAAAUGUUCGUAAAGGUAAAGAAAGAUUAAGAGACUCAAGUAAAAGAAAAUAAAGGAAAAACGGAUUAGUCAAUUACUUUAAUAUUGUUAUUUAUGAUUAAUAAAGUAAUAUAAACUUCAUGUUAUUGGCAUGCGCACUAAGUAAUAACUUAAUAGUAUUAAAAUUUAUAAACCAAAUGGAAAGAUAUUGAGCUUUGUGCAAAUUAAGUUAAUUAAUAUAUAUGGUCAAGUUAAGAGUAAUGGAGAAUUAACGAAUCAUAGAAAGAAUCAUAGAAGAAGAAAUUUCGGGAGUUAACUGAUGGCAUUCAGUUAAUCCGAAUUCUUUACUAUGUGUGUACAUAUGCUUGUAUUAAAUAACUUUUUACCGUACAGUAUACUUUAUUAUACAAAUCAUAAGAUCAUUAAUUAAUAUAUUAAUUAAUG